AUGAGACCUGAGCUGUCCGUGCAGCCAUAAAAUCCAGGGUUUCAGAGCGACGGCGCCUGCGCACAAGAAAUUUACAGAUAUCCAAAAAUGAUUGAGAUUGAACAGGCAGAGGCCCAGCUCUCUGAGUUAGACCUGCUAGCCAGUAUGUUCCCUGGUGAGAACGAGCUCAUUGUGAAUGACCAGCUGGCUUUAGCAGAACUGAAAGAUUGUAUUGAAAAGAGGACGAUGGAGGGACGAUCUUCGAAAGUUUACUUUACUAUCCAUGUGAACCUGGAUGUAUCUGAGGAAGCAAUGGUGAUGUUUUCUCUGGCUUGUAUUCUUCCCUUUAAAUACCCUGAAGUUCUGCCUGAAAUUACUGUCAGAUCAGUAUCACUUAGUAGAUCCCAGCAGACUCAGCUAAACACAGAUCUGACCGAAUACCUGCAAAAGAAUUGUCUCGGAGAUGUCUGUAUAUUGAAUGCCACAGAAUGGGUUAGAGAACAUGCUUCUGGCUAUAUCAGCAGAGACACCACACCUUCCCCUGCUCCAGGAAGUACAUUCCAGCCAGUUGAUCUCAUUCUCACAAGACUGUGGAUCUAUAGCCAUCACAUCUACAACAAGUGUAAAAGAAAGAAUAUUCUAGAGUGGGCAAAGGAGCUUUCCCUAUCCGGAUUUAGCAUGCCAGGGAAACCUGGUGUUGUUUGUGUGGAAGGCCCACAAAGUGCCUGUGAAGAAUUCUGGUCAAGACUCAGAAAAUUAAACUGGAAGAGAAUUUUAAUUCGCCAUCGAGAAGACAUUCCUUUUGAUGGUACAAAUGACAAAAUAGAAAGACAAAGAAAAUUUUCAGGUUUUGAAGAAAAAGUGUUCAAUGUUAAUGGAGCCAGAGGAAACCAUAUGGACUUUGGUCAGCUGUAUCAGUUUUUAAAUGCCAAAGGAUGUGCGGAUGUUUUCCAGAUGUUCUUUGGUGUGGAAGGACAGUGACUGGGCAAAGGAGUAUUGAAAGAAUUUUGUCACUGUUGGCCUUUUGAUUUUUCCCCCAAUCUUUCUUGAAAGAUGAAGUAAUUU